AUGUGCUACGGAAACUACUUUGGUGGUCUGGGCUACGGCUAUGGUGGCCUGGGUUAUGGCUAUGGUGGCCUGGGCUAUGGCUAUGGAGGCCUGGGUUAUGGCUAUGGCGGCCUAGGCUAUGGCUAUGGUGGCCUAGGCUGUGGCUAUGGUUGUGGCUGUGGCUCUCGAUAUGCAUACAGUACCUAUCGUCCAUGCUGCUAUGGAAGAAUUUCUGGCUUCUACUAA